GCUUUGGAACACUUGAUUCCCAUGGUGCUUUUCGAAGCUAGAACACUGAAUAUGUUUUCCUGAAGAUCACAACUCACGCACCUGGAUAGAGCCUUUCAUAUAGCACUAGAACCUUUGAUUAUUCAACUUUGAUCACUCCUUUUUCACUCAACUUCGAGAAUGAUACGCCCUGAUGAAACCAGUGUGAUCAAGUUUGUUCUCAGUCUACCGCCAACCACAAAUCCGUAUUCAGCAACGGCCGAUUACCUCGAAAGUGUUUCUCGACCAUGCAGUACAUUGCCCAUUUGGUCCAGGUGGCUAAUACGACUCGUGUUGCUUUCUUAUGUGUUGAUGUUUUUUCAAACUGCCCGCCCGCUUUACAUCCGAAUCAAGACGAGGAAAUUCGACAUCAUUGGUUUCAAUACAUUGAACCUGAUUAAGAUAGACACCGCAAAUCACCUGACCGCCGGUUACCUUCUAUAUAGCACUCUGUCGAUAAUUAAUCUGAUCUGGAGAGAUCUAUCACUUAGUGGCUACACAAGCCCGAUACCUUCUGACUUCAUAGAUUGCACCAAGUCUCUCGUUUCGCUUACCCUUUCAUGGUUGUUUCUCUGGAUCUGUAUCUCUCAUAGCCUCCUGGUCAGAUGGAAACCCCUCGAAGAGCAUCCAUUAGAGAAAGCAAGGUAUAUGUCACCCAAGUCUGCAUGGUUACUUAACGGGGGUUUCUUCGUGACGAUCUUGUGGCCCUAUGUACCUGUGAUCUUCUCAUCCUUUCGAGUUGUAGCUGAAGAGACCAAAAUCGUCGAGGUUUUGAAACCUGUCAUAAUCGCUCUUCGUAAAUCAUCACACGCAUAUUCUCCAAGUGAUUAUAACACAUUGGGUUUGUUGAGCACCUUAAUUCCUGGAAGAGAAGCUUUUGAUCAUGCAGAUUCACUUGUAGUUCCGUUUCGGAUUGUGAUCUUCUGUUACCUGAUUAGUGCUUCGAUCCUGUGUAUAGCUUACCCUCCAAUCCUUCUACAUACGUUCAAAGGAAUGAAUCAAAGCGGUAAGACGACUGCUUCAGUUAGAAGUCAGAAAGGAUCAGUGGUCAUCCAUUCUUUCUUGGCAUUCACCUCUACGCUAUGGAAUGUGCCUAUUCUGAUUUGGACGUUGGAAUUCCAAAGCUAUAGUUUUAUUUAUGAUUCAUUGUGGUGGACUAUGAUCAUUUUGGGAAUCGAUGGGAUCUUGGCAAUCACCGGAAAUAUAAUUAUAUUCCUUACUCAUUCCACCGCUCAAAGCGGUUCAUCAAGCGGUUCAUCAAGCGGUUCGGAAACCUGUUCUGAUUCAUCACGAGCUAUUACUUUUGAAGAUCAAAAGACUAUGUCGGUAUCAUCCUCCUGAUAUGAUGUUUUACAAAUUCAUGAAAGGGUUUUCCACUUAUCAUUUAAUCUUAUCAAACCAUUGGCAAGUUAACUUGAUCCGAAUCUUUUGAGCGGUUAUCUAAAUCUGUAUAGUCCAUUCAAUCAAGAUUUCAUAAUUACCUCUUUAUCCAUCAGAACUUCCUCAUCUAUCACAUUGACAAUAUCUUAUUUCAAAGAAUCAAAGUUUCUUUCUCUUUUGUGAAUUUCUUCAACACCCUUCUUACAAAUCAAAGUUCAUUCAUUGUUGAUAUAUACUUCACAGAUAGUCCUCAUAUACUUCGUUUUAUAAUUGAGCACAUUCCUUGUUUUUCUGCAAAGCAUGAGCAGUUCGUAAAAGGAU